AUGCGCGACAUGUUCGUGCCGCCGUAUGACAACGCCGGCGCGGGCGCUCCCUUGCUCAUGCUUCAGGUCACCUUCUUCCGCUGCGGCGGCGUGGCGCUCGGCACGGCCAUGCACCACUUCGUCAUCGACGGCCGCAGCGCCUUCCACUUCAUCCAGACGUGGGCCAGCAUCGCCCGCGGGGACGCCAGCGCCACCGUGGCCCCGUCCCUCGACCGCACCCCACUGUGCGCGCGCUCCCCGCCGGCCGUCCACUUCGACCACAGCCGCGAGUACCGCCUCACCGCCCCCGCAUCAACCGAUCCUCCUGCCGCUGGCGGCGUCAAGCCGUCGUCGGAGUACGCCAGCGCCAUCCUCCGCGUGACCGGCGCACAGGCCGCGGCGCUCCGUGCGCGCGCGGGCGCGCCCCGCGUGUCCACGUUCCGCGCGCUGGUGGCCCACGUCUGGCGCUGCGCGUGCGCGGCGCGGUCCCUCGCCCCCGACGCCGAGUCCCGCCUCUACACCAUGAUCGACAUGCGCGCCCGCCUGUCCCCGCCGCUCCCGGACGCCUACUUCGGCAACGCGGUGGUGCGCACGUCGGUGUCCGCCAGGGUGGGCGACCUGCUGUCCGGCCCGCUCGGGUUCGCGGCGCGGCGGCUCCGCGCGGCGACGGGGCAGGGCGACGAGUACGCGCGGUCGGUGGUGGACUACCUGGAGACGGCGGACAUGGGGGCGCUGCCGAGUAGCGGGCUGCCGGGGACGGACCUGCGGGUGAUCAGCUGGAUGGGGAUGCCGUCGCACGACGCCGACUUCGGGUGGGGCGAGCCGGCGCUCCUGGCGCCGGCCCUCAUGUUCUACCCGGGGUUCGUGUACCUGAUGAGCUGCCCGGGCAAGGGCGGCGACGUGGCGGUGGCCGUUUCGCUGGAGCCGGAUCGCUUGGCGAGGUUCAGGGAGCUCUUCUUCGAGGAGAUGGCCGCCAUGGAGUGA